AUGGCUUCCCCUCAACAUCAACAUCUGCUGUAUCACAACAGCGAAGUAAGCUGUGAGUCCGGUGGUGAUGGUGCUGUGUCUGUGCGUAUCAGCAGCACCAAACCACACAAACAGCAGCGUGGGAGUCUGGGCGCCAGCGCCAUGUGUAGUAUCAUUGGGGGCUCCAAACAUUGCAAGUACAGUAUCUCCUCCAGCUGUAGCUCGGGCGAAUCUACCAUCCGCAAGUCGGUUAUCAAAGGCCUCAGGUCUCAGAGGAAGAUGCCGCAGCUGUUUGAGAGGUCGGCUGGACACUUCUGGAACCCCAAGUUCGACUCAAACAUUCUGGAGGAAGCCUGCCGCGAGCGCUGCUUCCCUCAGACGCAAAGACGUUUCCGCUGUGUGUUGUUUUACAUGGCGGCCGCCAGCCUCCUCUGGGGGUUGUUCUUCAUCGCUAAUGCUAACCGAUGUGAACAGACUGCCUUCUUGUUGCCCACGGCCUCCUUCCUACUCCUCUGUUCUGUCCUGUUCGUCUUCACGUUCACCCGCUUCUACACCCACUGCUACAAUCAAGCCUCGCUGUUGCUCAUUGUAGUGACAUUUGCCCUCACUCUUGCACCUCAGAUCCAAACGUCAGGCUUUAGUGACUUUAAUGUGCCUCCUUUGAAGGAUGAAGAUGAUCCAGGCGACUUCAGUGGCGCGGAGGAUAAAAACAUGACGUUUGAAGCCACCCGCAGUGGAAAUCCAGUAGCCCCCUGUUUGUCCCCAGUUGGCACCUUCUCUCUAGGCAUGGAGGUGCUUUCGUUGCUCUACAGUUUCCUCCAUGUCCGUCUUUACGCUUCAUUACUGCUAGGCCUGCUCUACUCUGUGCUUUUUGAGACGCUUGGCUGGAUGCACUUGAUUCAAGCCAAUGGAUGGAGGAAUUCCACUGAGGAACAUUUGGAAACGCUCUACUGGCUGAUCCCUGGAAGAGCCAUUUUGCAUGUCUGCGCCCACAUCAUUGGUAUUCACCUUUUCAUUAUGUCUGAAGUGCGUUCACGCAGCACGUUCCUCAAGGUCGGCCAGGCCAUCAUGCAUGGGAAAGACUUGGAGGUCGAAAAGGCCCUGAAGGAGCGGAUGAUUCACUCAGUGAUGCCUCGUAGGGUGGCGGAUGAGCUUAUGAAGCAGGGCGAUGACGACAAUGACAAUUCGGUUAAGCGCUACUCGACGGGAGCGGCUAUUGCGGGUGCCUCCAGCCCUAAGAGCACCAAACGCAAGAAGACCUCGAUACCUCGGGGUCAGAUCAUCUUUCGGCCUUUCAACAUGAAACGCAUGGAGCCGGUCAGCAUCCUGUUCGCAGACAUAGUGGGAUUCACCAAGAUGAGUGCCAACAAGUCGGCGCAUGCCCUGGUGGGACUCCUCAACGACUUAUUCGGACGCUUCGAUCACCUGUGCGAGCUCACGUGCUGCGAGAAGAUCAGCACGCUGGGAGACUGUUACUAUUGUGUGGCCGGUUGUCCCGAGCCUCGAGAGGACCAUGCCUACUGCUGCGUGGAGAUGGGGCUUGGGAUGAUCCAGGCCAUUGAGCAGUUCUGUCAAGAAAAAAAGGAAAUGGUCAACAUGCGUGUCGGCGUCCACACGGGCACCGUGCUUUGCGGGAUCCUCGGCAUGAAGCGUUUUAAAUUUGAUGUCUGGUCCAAUGAUGUCAACUUAGCCAAUCUCAUGGAGCAGUUGGGUGUCGCCGGGAAGGUUCACCUGUCGGAAGCCACAGACAAGUUCUUGGAUGACCGGUACUUGCGAGAAGACGGCCGAGUCACAGAAAGGAUCGGACCAAGUGUGGUUGCAGAUCAGCUUAAAGGUCUGAAGACGUUUCUGAUAUCCGGGAGGAAGGUGAAGCUCGCGCAGUGGAGCUGUCCUCCGUCUGCUCUGGUGAAGAGUGAGCUCAGAAAGUCUCUCAGCGUCACGUCCUUCAGUCCCGACGUCACGUCCUCAGCCUGCGCUGCGACCCCGGGCCCGGACAGAGCUAAGUCUGCCUGUCCCUCGUGUAGCGUGUUGGCUUCUGAAGACGGGUCACUUCACAGCAACAGCUGCACUGAUCCUGACCACAAAACCAUCAACAGAAAGGGACCGCAAGGCAGGAGUCCCAAGACCCUUAAUGGGCUGUUAAGUCCUCAUCUGGAGCAGCCCCUGACCCACAGCCAGACGUCCCUGUGUGAGAUGCUGCAGGAGAAGGAGAAGAAGUGGCCCGGAGUAGGAGGCAUCAGCUGCAUGGGAACGAUGGACCACUCCGCCCUCAUCCCACUGCGCUCCAAAAACUUCCGCGAGAGGAGCGACGCUCACUUUGUGGACGUGAUAAAGGAGGACAGUCUGAUGAAAGAUUACUUCUUCAAACCGCCCAUCAACAAGUUGAGCCACACUUUCAUAGACAGAUCCCUGGAGUCGGCUUACAGGACCAGCUACCAGGACGAGGUUAAGACACACGCUCCCGUCCAGACGUUUGCCAGUCCGACGUUCAGCUCCUUCCUAGACAUGCUCCUGUGCUGUUGUGUAUUUCUGGCUCUCUCGUUGGCUUGCUUCCUUCGACCACUGGUUACCCAGAAGCCCCUGCCCACACCUGCCCUCAUCGUGGCCGCAGUGGCAGCUGUGCUCGAAUGUUUGGCCCUAGUGCUUGCUAUACGAAGAGCCUUUUACCUGGACAGCGUUCUGAACUGCACCAUGACCCUCCUCUGGGCCAUCUCUGGCUGGGUUCCCCGUCACAUGAUCGGGGCGGUGCUGGUGUCUUUACCUGCCGUGGCUGUGUUCUCUCACAUCACCUGCGAUAUGCAUGACUCCAUACAGUUCACCAUGUUCACCUGCUGUGCUGUUAUAAUUGCCAUCAUCCAGUACUGCAAUUUCUGUCAGCUGAGUUUCUGGAUGCGUUCAAGCCUGGCGACGCUAGCGGGAAUCACCUUUCUCAGUGUGCUCUGGAGCCCUCCUUGCAGCACUUGGGAACGUUUAUUUUUUAGAUCCAGUGACUUCAACAGCAGCAUUAAUGACGUCCAGUCCUCAGUAGAAGAUUCGGCCCGACCGCAGGAUCUACUCGGCCCAGAGGCUUUGGUUGCCUUUUUCCUUUUGCUUCUUCUUGUUUGGUUCCUCAACCGUGAGUUCGAGGUGAGCUACCGUCUACACUUCCACGGGAACGUGGAGGCAGACCAGCACCGCAUCAAAAUCCAAAACAUGCGGGACCAGGCGGACUGGCUCCUGCGCAACAUCAUCCCGAUCCACGUGGCCGAGCAGCUGAAGGUGACCCAGAGCUACUCAAAGAACCACGACAACGUGGGCGUCAUCUUCGCCAGCAUCGUCAACUUCAGCGAGUUCUACGAAGAGAGCUACGAAGGCGGGAAAGAGUGCUACCGCGUCCUCAACGAACUCAUCGGGGACUUCGACGAACUCUUGCGCAAGUCUGACUUUUCCAACAUAGAGAAGAUCAAGACGAUCGGCGCAACCUACAUGGCGGCGUCGGGGCUCAAUACGCAACAGUGUAGCGACCAGGCCCAUCCGCACGCCCACCUGCGAGCGCUCUUCGAAUUCUGCCUGGAAAUGAUGCGAGUGGUGGAUGACUUCAAUAAAAACAUGCUGGGCUUUAAGUUCAAGUUAAGGAUUGGGUUCAACCACGGACCUCUCACUGCCGGAGUCAUCGGCACCACCAAGCUCCUCUACGACAUCUGGGGAGACACGGUGAACAUCGCCAGCCGGAUGGACACAACUGGUGUGGAGUGUCGCGCUCAGGUUAGUGAGGAGAGCUACUGCGUGCUCAGCGGAAUGGACUACGAGUUCGACUACCGAGGUACCGUCAACGUGAAGGGCAAGGGUCAAAUGAAGACCUACCUUUACCCGAAGAGCGCAGACAGCGGACCUGUACCUCAAUACCAGCUCUCGGUCUCUCCAGAAAUUAGAGCGCAGGUGGAUGGCAGCAUCGGGCGUUCGCCCACCGAUGAAAUCGCUAAUAUGAUGAUGGCAACCAAUGCCAGUAAAGUAGGUGCAUCUUUCUCCGUGAGUUCAGGGCUUACCGGACAGGGAUACGCUGUUAGAGACUUUCCCGAAAAGAUUGCUGGAAGCAACGGUACGUCCAAGGCCCAACGAUCUGCAUCUGCUGUUGGCCUGACUUGCAUACCAGAAACCAACCUGAGCGCAAGUCCAGCGGUUUUCGGUAAACAAGCAGAACCGACUUUGACCUCUCCUGUCCGGGCGGAAAACGCAGAGGCCAAUGCAAACAAGGCGGGAGAAAUAGCGUACAUGGGUGAAAUGACAAAACUUUGACUCUAAACACGCCCAAAAUGUUGUUCCUGUUGGUCUUAACCCUUUAAACAUGGGCUUGCAACCCUCUCCGUUGAGUUUGUAGGGAUAGGCAUGUUUAUGGACGAAUGCUAGUGUAGAUUUGCAUCUGUGUAUGUGGAGUG